UAGCAGGCAAAUAGAUCGAAUUCACGCUUUAUACUUUACCGCGCUGAUGUAUCGUUGUUGACGGUGGCGUAGAAUCGAGUGCGGAACCACAAGUAGAACUCUUCGAAAGUUCGGGAUCAACCUCCGGAGAAGAAUUCACGUGCGUGAAAUUCACUCCAAUAGCUCUUCGCCUCAUCAUGUUCGCAAUAAGGCGUGUUCUGGUCCCCAAUGCGAUCAAGGAUGUGUUCGCGAGAUCAAAGUACACGCUUCCUGAUCUGCCGUAUGACUACAAGGCUCUGGAACCCAUCAUAUCUGCUGAGAUCAUGGAGCUUCAUCAUUCCAAACAUCACGCAACGUACGUUAACAAUCUGAACGCUACCGAAGAAAAAUUACAGCAGGCGAUCACGAAAGGCGAUGUCAACGCACAGAUCGCCUUGGGCUCAGCUCUGAAGUUCAACGGUGGCGGUCAUCUUAAUCAUUCAAUCUUCUGGUGUAAUCUUUCACCCGAUGGUGGCAAUCCAAGUGUCCCUCUCCUGAAACAAAUUGACAAAGACUUUGGCAGUCUAAACACAAUGAAGAAACGCUUGUCCGAGAUGACCGUGGCAAUUCAGGGUUCCGGUUGGGGUUGGCUCGGGUACGAUCAGAGAGACAAAGCACUCAAAAUAGCGACCUGUGCGAAUCAAGAUCCGCUACAAGCCACAACCGGUCUCAUUCCACUUUUCGGUAUCGACGUUUGGGAACAUGCCUAUUACUUACAGUACAAAAAUGUACGACCUGUCUACGUGGAAGCGAUCUUCGAUAUCAUUAACUGGAAGGAUGUAAACACGCGUUUCAAAAACGCUGAAUGAACUAAGACUUAAAUAUUAAGAGUUAACAGAGUUGUCUAGCUUAAGUUUGUUUUACAAAGAUCAAGAACGUUGUUUUUUAGAAUGACGUUUUAGAAUGACGCUUUUAUUAGGAUUAAAAGAUACGAAGAGCUUUUAAUAAUUUGUCUGUAAUUAUGUAUGCUUUUCUUUUCUACAUUGUAUCUGAAAAUGAAUGCGAAUAUAACCGUGUGAAUAAAACAAGUAUAAAAAAAAA